AUGGGACGAGAUCCUCCUAUAGAGGACCCAAGAGAACGGUACGGCCAUGGCGGAGGUCAGCACAGUCAGACUUCCAUGGAACUGCAGCAGACUGAAGAAGGUUCUUUGGGAUCUUUUCCGGCUUGGCUGGCUGCUAGGAAUUCUGCAGGAGACUCCAGUAUUGAAUCCUCUUCUGUACAAGACAAGCAAUCAGCUGGUAGUCCUACCCAAGCAGCAGCGGCAGCAGUACUAGUGGAAUCAGAGACGGACCUGGAUGCCACCCAGAGAGCUCACAAUUACACGUCCAACAUGAACAACACUUCUACUGGAACUUCUAGUGCUGGCUGGAUGGCAUCGUCUGAUGAUGAUGAUGACGAUGUUUACACACAUACAGAGACAUUGGAUCUCCCCCUGGUAGACAUUGACCUGAAGGAUGAUGAUGUUCUUGAGGAUAAGGGUGAUAACGGUCAAGAUGACAAGCAGGAAGACUUAAGCGAAGGAUCACACGCUGACCAAGAAGAGGAGAGUGAGCUGAGUGACAGUUUCAACAGUCAAGACGAUCCAUCUUCCGUCGACAUGGCCGAAGCCAAGGAAAAACAAGUCCGACGAUCCUUUCUCUACGGAAUCUUGAUGGGAUGUGGAGUACUCGCAUUGAUGAAAUUGAUUACCAAACUGAUCAACAAAUGCAAGGGAAACAAAGGGGAGGAUGCCAACAACAACCACUUGCCUGGGGCAGAUACUGAUGAUUUGCAAGAUUCUGCAGGAGCUGCUGCCAGUCAUGCUAGACAAGGAGGGCUCCUGGCACAACAACAAUCCAUGGCUAAUGUUGCAAAUCCAACAUUUCUUGCCGCACAAGGAACCUCACAACAAAUGGCGUUGGCGGCAUCCCAGACUGCUGGACAGUCCGUCACUGCCGGAACAACUGCUUUUGCAGCAGGCUCGUCUUCUUCGUCCACUGCUGGCAUCUUGACUACUGUAGCCAACGCCUCGGUGGCCACACAAUUGGGAGUCGCGCUCGGUGUGGCAGCUGUGGCCACUGCCGUCACCGUAGGGGUCCUAUUGACCACCAAUAAUGGGGCGGACAGUGCCACCUUCCUGAAUGCCACUACUGUUCAUACCAACGUGUCUCUGGUCACCACCACAAAUGCAAGUGUCGUUCCCGUAUCAAUCGGACUUCCGACUUUGGCACCAUCGGUCAGUCCCUCGUUGACCACUACACCGUCCAUCGAUCCGUCCCUGGCUCCCACGCAGUUACCUUCGGCCAGUCCCUCCACGUUUCUCAACUUUCAAAAGUUCACAGCCGCGCCCACGGAAUCACCAACCGUAUCCGUACAACCGACUACUACCACCGACGACAAUAGUACAACGUCAGCCGACACUAAUAUGGCGAUUGUGUGCGACGGCACCAGUGCGGAUUUGGUGGAAGUCAAGGCGGGAAUGGUAGACUUUGUUCUUCAAGGACUUCCUCUUGACUUUGCAUCACAGAAUCAACAAGAACUACAAGACAUUUUUGUACUCGUCUACAAUGGACUUGCCGGGGGUUGUUCGGAUGAGUUUCAACGCAUCCUCGAUCAUGUGGCACUCCAAAAUGUUAAUUAUGCACAAGCUGGAAACGACUUGGUAUUUACGUUUAGUCAAUGGUCCGCCAAUGUAUCCUGUGUUGGGUGUUCCAGUCUCAAUCCGCUGUUUGGGGAUGGUGACAAUGGCGCUCCCCUCGUCACCGCUGAAGCACGGCAGGGCGGUCAACGACGACGGUUACAGCAACCAAACAAGGCUAAUUUCUUCAAUGACUUUGUCGAAGCAUUUGUCUUUGAAAUCAAACACAAUUUCCCGUCCUUGCCACAGGCGAACAAGGAUCAGCUCAAGUUGUACUAUGGCGCAGUCGUACAAGCCGAUGAUCCGCAAAAGGUCGUGCAAGAAUUCACCAUUGUCGGUACCAAUGACGACAAGGCAACAGUCGAUGAGGAUUCCACGACUACCGCAACAACGACUACCACAACGCCCACGUCCACGUCCGUGGCUCCGACUGUUAUUACAGGAGCUCCUACGACCUUGGGAACCUCAUCUUCGUCGAAUGCUCCUAGCACUACGUCCGACACUCCAAGACCGACGACAACUUCCACAACAACAACGAAGCCCGUCACGGAAUCUCCCAGUAGUACCGGGACAACAAGCACGACCGGCACACCGACUACUCCUAGUGGUACGACGAAUGCGCCUUCUGUGGCACCCGCCACGGCAAGUCCCAGCAGCGUCGGAUUGCCAGCCACCGAUGCCCUCCUCACGACGGGAACAGGGACGCCCACUGCUCCCAAUGCCGGUCCGGUCACAACAAGUCCAAGCACUACCGGUACCACGACAAGCCCCGUGACGGGAACAGGGACGCCUACUCCCAACGCCGGUCCGACCACGGCCAGUCCAAGCACCACCGCGACAAGCCCCAUGGCAGGAGUGCCUACCGCUCCAACCACAGCCAGUCCAAGCACUGCCACGACAAGCCCCGUGGCGGGAGUUCCAACCACGGCAACUCCAAGCACUGCCACGACAAGUCCAAGCACGACCGCCACAAGCCCUGUGCCUGGAGUUCCUACCACUCCAACCACGGCAAGUCCAAGCACUACCACGACGACAAGCCCUGUAGUGGGAGUUCCUACCGGUCCAACCACGACAAGUCCAAGCACUACCACGACAAGCCCCGUGGCGGGAGUUCCCACCGCGACGACAAGCCCCGUUACUCAAUCUCUUUCUCCCGUUGCACCAACGUCGUUGAAUCCUACGUCUUUGCCGCCCACAGCAGCAUCAGCACCCAUAGUAGCAUCUCCAGCCAGCUCCGUCCCAUCAGCAGGGACACCAACAACGACCGCGGCACCUGUGAGCAAUACACCAACGAUGCCUGUAAGCAACACACCUACGACGACGACGCCAAAUGCACCUAUCACCGCAGCCCCUACUCAAUCAUCGGUCGAAACAUCCACGACAGUGCCAACAGCGACGACAAAACUACCGGCAACAGCCUCUCCAACAACCAUGGCUCCAGCACCCGUUACUGCCUCUCCCAGCGUGGCUCCAGUUGCAGUUCCAACUACGACAAAUCCCGUGUCUGAAUCGCCUACGGUCAUCACAGAUUCCGAGAGCAUUGAACGGCAAACCAAUACUCCGAACGCACCCGUGACAUUGCGGCCAUCUCUGUCACCUACCAGAGCACCGACAAAACAGCCUACAAAUCUACCUACACCAGCUCCUACGCCUCAACCAACCAAUGCACCAACUAGGCAACCCACACGACGGCCUACACGCCGACCAACGCGUCGACCUACACCUUUUCCUACUCGGCGGCCAACUAGGCGACCGACUAGACAGCCCACACCAGGACCAACAAAUCAGCCCACGCCUUCCCCAACCAAUCAGCCCACACCCAGUCCAACCAACCAACCGACACCUGCUCCGACGGGGCCAACUACGCCAGUUCCAACCAGAACACCCACAACAAACCCUCCGACGGCUGUCACCACGCCGAGUGGUACGACAGGAUCACCCACAACAGGAAGUUUCUCUGUCAUUAGUUUGACCCUUGUAGACACUACGACCGAAUCAAACAUCCAAACUAUUGCCGACGGAGACGUGAUUCGACUUCCCGUGGGUUCACAGCUGACCGUGAGCGCUCAACCCUCUUUCCCGUUUUUUGUUGAUUACGUUGAUUUCUACUUGAAUGGGAAUCCCUUCUACAGUCACACGAACCCGUAUCUUAUGUCUGGAACAAAUAUCUUUGAUGGUUCCUACUUGCCAGUUACUGCUUUAUCGGUGCCAACUGCUAACAUUACCGUCAAGGCUGUCCCCAGAACUGGUUUUGUGAGUGGAAUCGCUCUGGAGGUCACAUUCAGCCUCGUGGAGAAUACACCAACAGCAUCGCCAACUGUAUCUUCCAUCCCCUCGAAUGCACCAUCCGUGUUUCCUUCACUUGUGCCCUCCAGUGUUCCCAUCUGCUGGGCCCUCAGGAAUUCCCAGUAUUGGACCCUCCUCUCUGCCUUCGAUUCUGCCUUCAGGCACGCCCACAAGGCAGCCUUCUUCUGGCCCAUCUAUCAGGCCGUCAGCCUCAGGCAGCCCCACUGCUGGGCCCUCAGCUUCGUUCAGCCCUUCUUUUAG